AUGGCGCCUCUCUUCCGAGCUGACCAAGUCGGCUCUCUCAUUCGACCUGCCUUCCUGCUCGAAGAAAGAGGCUCUUUGGGCUUUUACGACAGCAAACUAUCCGAAGACCAGGCCGCUGCCACAUCUGCCUCUAUCAUGUACGCCGUUCAGAAGCAAAUUAAGCUCGAUAUUAGGCCCAUCACCUCUGGCGAAUAUGAGAGAACUAUCUUCUUCAGCGGCUUAUUUGAGAAUCUUCAGGGGAUGACGGUGAGAGAUGACCUCAGGGUUCCUCAAGACUUCCGGCCCAACCUGCCAACCUUUAUCGGGUUAGCUAAGAUGGGAUACAAUCACUUCUCCGCCGUGCCCGCCACAGGAAAGAUCAAGUUCGUGGACUCGGCUUACCUUCCCGCCUGGGAGAUGAUCAAGAAGACGCUCCCGCAAGAACGCUGGAAGGAUUGUAAGAUGUCAAUACCGUCCAUCUCCUGGCAACACAUGUACCUUGCAAACGGCACAGCAUUUGCCCCUGGGGUUUACACCUCUGACAAAGAUUACUUUCUCGACUUGGCGGCAGCAUUUCGUUCAGAGAUCCAAGCUCUCUACGACGCGGGCCUCCGAUCCAUACAGGUGGACGACCCGAAUUUGACUUUCUUCGUCACCAAGAAGUUCAGGGAGGGCCUCAGGGGCGACGGCGUUGACCCUGAAGCAUUGCUGGAUCUCUACAUUUGGGCGCACAACCAACUUCUGAGAGAUCUACCAUCUGAUCUGCAUAUGGGCAUCCAUCUUUGUCGCGGCAAUAUGCCUGGUCAGCCAUCCUUUGCCAAAGGAUCUUACGAAAAGAUCGCCGCCAAGGUCUUUCCCAAGCUCAACUAUCAGACAUUCUACCUGGAGUUUGAUGAUCCUCGAGUGUCUGGACACUUUGAGCCGUUGAGAUUUGUUCCGCAAGGAAAGAACGUGGUUCUUGGUCUCGUUUCGACGAAGGUUGCAGACCUUGAGAACAAGGAUGUAUUAGUGAGGAGGGUCUAUGAGGCUGCUGAAGUCAUGGCGAAGGGGCAAAGACGGAACGUGUCAGAUGUGUUGGCAGAUUCGCUCGCCGUGAGCCCCCAGUGUGGCUUCGCUAGCUUCAGUAUCAACCAUGGUGUUGCUACUGAGGACAGAAUGUGGGAAAAGCUCGUUCUUGUGAGAGACGUGGCCAGGUCUAUUUGGGAAGAUGCCGUUUGA